GCUCCGCAUACAGCCUGAUUUGGGGCUUAAUCCCACAACACUAGGAUCAUGACCUGAGCUGAAAUCAAGAGUCAGAUGCUCAACUGACUGAGCCACCCAGGUGCCCCCCAUUAUACUAUUUUAUCAUAAUGAUUGAUCCCCAUCCCCAAUUAGACUUUGUAUUCUUUGAGGGUAGAAUAUUGUAUGUUUCAUUUCUGAACAGGGUACUCAGUAGAGACCUAAUAUCUGUUUAUUGAAUGGAUGCAUCCAGGAAUGAAUGAAUGUCAGUUUUCUUUCUGCCUGUCCUAAGCAGUACAGAAGAGCAGUGUGGGUAGAUGGCGGGAAAGCGUAGGAUACUCACAGCCCAGCUUGGGGUAUGAUUAUGCCUCCUACACCCACAGAAGAAGGUCAAAGCCGUAGAGAUUGUCCAGUUAACUUUUCCGAUGCACAGAUGAGGAAACUGUGGCUUGAAGAGCGUAAGGCACUUGCACAAGGUCACACAACCCCUCAAUGGCAGAGCCAGGAUUAAAAAUUAGAACUCAGGUUUCCUGGUCUCCAGCCUAGGGUAAUGUACACACUUCAUUCUUCUUUGGGGCUGUUCUUCUAAGGAAGGAAAAUGGCUUUGGGAAGGCUGGUUCCAAUGUCCUCCCCUCUGCCCUCUGUUAGUCCUUUCUCAUAUCUAGCUUCAAUUCUUACCCUAUUCCAUCUCUGUUCAGUUGGGUCAGGCGUCUGAAGGCUGGCUCCUGCCUUAACCCGUUACCACCCAACUGGGAGUAAGGAUCUUCCCUAGGGUUCCAAGGCUCAAUUUCCUCUCCCCACCCUCUGCCCCAGGAACUUGCGGGAACCAAGGAUGGGGAGGGAUGUUGGCUGAACCGCUGGCGCCCCCUCCACGAUGAAGGGACAGAGAAGUGUUGCUGCACAGAUCUUCCCAGGAUGGGGCGGGAGGAGGGGGUGCGGUGAGCAGGGCUGGGAGUGGGGAAGGGGUGUAGGGAGCCCCUGUUGCUUCUCCUCUUUGGGGGGGUGGUUAUUAGGUAGGCUUGCGGAAGGCGGAGUUUGGGGGGCCGGGGGCGGGGCUCCUGCGCUGGGAGGAAGAGGGGGGGCGCGCUGGCUCCAGCUCGGCUCAGACAAAAGGCGGCGGCGGGAGCGGGCGGGAGGCGGAGCGGCGCCGCGAGGGCCUCAAGGUGACACCCGCCCCCGGCCCCGGCCCCCCCGGCCCGGCCCCCCAGCCCGCCUCCCCACCCCCAGCCCCUAGACCCCUACCCUUCGGUGCCCUUUCCAGGCCCCCUCCCCCCGGCGGGGGGUGGGGAGCAGCGAGGGCCCCGCCCCCUCCCGCCCCCUCCCCAGGGCCCGCGCAGGAUGCCCUCGGCCCCCGACAGCCCCCCGGGAAGCCCUGAGCUCGACGCACCCCCUCUACGCCAUGUCCCCCCCUGGCUCGGCCGCGGGAGAGAGCGCCGGCGGCGGCGGCGGCGGUGGCGGCCCCGGGGUCCCGGAGGAGCCCACGGCGGCGGCGGCGGCGGCGGACGAGGGCCCCGCCCGAGAGGAGCAGCGUCCCAUCCAGCCCUCUUUCACCAAGUCCCUCUGCCGUGAGUCCCACUGGAAGUGCCUGCUGCUCUCGCUGCUCAUGUACGGCUGUCUGGGGGCCGUGGCCUGGUGCCACGUAACCACGGUGACCCGCCUCACCUUCAGCAGCGCCUACCAGGGCAACAGCCUCAUGUACCACGACAGCCCCUGCUCCAACGGCUAUGUCUACAUCCCCCUGGCCUUCCUGCUCAUGCUGUACGCCGUCUACCUGGUGGAGUGUUGGCAUUGCCAAGCCCGCCAUGAGCUGCAGCACCGUGUUGAUGUGAGCAGCGUGCGGGAGCGUGUGGGCCGCAUGCAGCAGGCCACGCCCUGUAUCUGGUGGAAGGCCAUCAGCUACCACUAUGUCCGCCGCACCCGCCAGGUCACCCGAUACCGCAAUGGAGACGCCUACACCACCACCCAGGUCUACCAUGAGCGCGUCAACACGCACGUGGCGGAGGCCGAGUUCGACUACGCGCGCUGCGGCGUCCGCGACGUGUCCAAGGCGCUGGUGGGGCUGGAGGGCGCGCCGGCCACGCGCCUGCGCUUCACCAAGUGCUUCAGCUUCGCCAGCGUGGAGGCCGAGAACGCGUACCUGUGCCAGCGCGCGCGCUUCUUCGCCGAGAACGAGGGCCUGGACGACUACAUGGAGGCGCGCGAGGGCAUGCACCUCAAGAACGUGGACUUCCGCGAGUUCAUGGUGGCCUUCCCGGACCCGGCCCGGCCGCCGUGGUACGCCUGCUCGUCCGCCUUCUGGGCCGCGGCGCUGCUCACGCUGUCGUGGCCGCUGCGCGUGCUGGCCGAGUACCGCACGGCCUACGCGCACUACCACGUGGAGAAGCUCUUCGGCCUGGAAGGUCCCGGCUCGGCGAGCAGCGCGGGCGGCGGCCUGAGCCCCAGCGACGAGCUGCUGCCGCCGCUCACGCACCGCCUGCCGCGGGUCAACACGGUGGACAGCACGGAGCUCGAGUGGCACAUCCGCUCCAACCAGCAGCUGGUGCCCAGCUACUCGGAGGCGGUGCUCAUGGACCUGGCGGCGCUGGGGGCGCGCUGCGCGGGGGCGGCGGGCGGCGGCUACGCGCCCACGUGCCGCUACGGCGGGGUGGGCGGCCCGGGCGCGGCGGGCGUGGCCCCGUACCGGCGCAGCUGCGAGCACUGCCAGCGCGCCGUCAGCAGCUCGUCCAUCUUCUCGCGAAGCGCGCUCAGCAUCUGCGCCAGCCCGCGGGCCGGGCCCGGGCCCGGAGGCGGGGCGGGCUGCGGGGGCAGCCGCUUCUCGCUCGGCCGCCUCUACGGCUCCCGGCGCAGCUGCCUGUGGCGCAGCCGGAGCGGGAGCGUCAACGAGGCGAGCUGCCCCACCGAGCAGACGCGGCUGUCGAGCCAGGCCAGCAUGGGGGACGACGAGGACGACGACGAGGAGGAGGCCGGGCCGCCGCCGCCCUACCACGACGCCCUCUACUUCCCGGUCCUCAUCGUGCACCGGCAGGAGGGGUGUCUGGGCCACAGCCACCGGCCGCUGCACCGCCAUGGCUCCUGCGUAGAGACCUCACUGUGACCUCCGGCCCCGGGCAGCCCGUCGCCCUCCCUCCUGCCCCUCGCGGGACUGAGCUUCUUGCGUGUAGCAGGGGGGGUCACGAUGGUGACCGAGGCUGUGCUGGGCACGGCGCGGGGAGCGGGGAGGCGACGGUGCGCGGGACAGACCCCAUGGGGUCCGGAUCCCCCGCCUUCCCUGUACAUAAAGAGACCGAUGGGUGGGAGGGGAUCGGGGUGGGGGGGGCUCCGGAGAAUCCCGGCCCGGUCGGCUCUUCCAGCCCCGUCCCUGUCCUAGGGGGACACCUCCCCGCCCUACACGCACACUCGAGAUUUCCCGUCCAGCCUUUCAACGGAUCUUCUGACUGUUAGUGGAGGCCGUGCUGUGGCACCGCGUGGGGCCCGUCUCCAGUGUGAGGCCCCUCGCUGUGCAGCUGGGGAGGUUUAGAGACGUGGGGAAGGGAAAUUGGGGCUUUCCUUCCAUCGCUGCCUGGCCCCACCAGGGCCUCUCUCUACUGAGGUCGCCGUGGUUUGGCGAACAGCGGGGCUGGCUUCCAACCAGCUAAUGAAUUCAGUGGGUCUGAAGCCGGGGCCAGAUGUCAGCCCCGAUGCUCCAUCUCAAAACCGUGCAAACGUUGCUAUCCUCUUCUUGGCGCUGGCCCCAACCAUCGGGGUUUCCUUUCUGCCACUCCCUUCACUGCUGUUUAUCUCGCUGGGCCCCUGGAGUGUGGGUCCUGGAGGGACUGUGCUCACACUGCACACGUCACUCCCCCCGCCCCCCUCCGGCUCUCUGGCCCUAAAGAGCACUUGCCCAGAGAGGAGGGAGGCAUAAUGUGGAGGGCAUGUACCUCAGUCCUUUCUCUAAACUCUGCAGCCCCCUGGCAGCAGCAGCCUCCUCACCUGGGUUCUGAGAGGGCUCUCCCUUCAGUUGGGGGGGUUGGGGGGUGGGAUACCCUCCCCCUAGGCGCGUUCAUUAAAGCUGGCCAACGUGUGUGGGUGGGAAGAGUGGGAGACAGACCUGGGUGACAAACUCUCGAAGCAGGUGGGAUUCAAAGAGGAGAGGGCAGUGGAGGGAGACUGAAAGGGGUGUCUGGGGCAACUCUUGCUUCCCCAGACUUGGGGGGGGUGCAAAGGGUGGUUGUCCCCACACAUUACCUCUGUAGGACUGAGGAUGUCCUCACAAGCCCCAGCUGGAGAAAUGAACUCAAAUCCAGUGGCAGGGUCAGAGGCAGGAAUUCUCUAAAUCUUGCCCAACCCCUCUGUCCUCCCCUAUCCCAUGAGCUGAAGCCCUGCAGUGGGGCCCAGAGGGGCAUCCUGCCACCACCCAAGGGCGCUGGCCCCACGUCCUGUUCCCCUAAAGCUGUGACACCUCCUCUCCGCCACCACUCCCUCCCUGAUGUGCUUCUGUGUGCAUGUCUGCGUACAACCCCCUGCCCUCCCAACUCUCCUGCCAAAGUUUUCCCAGCAGACUUAGUGCCCAGGGAUUGAGGUCACAUUUCAGGCUGGAGAGGAUAACCCUUGGGCGGCCGCCAUCACUCACCCCUGAUGCUCCUCGCUUUGCCCGAGCCAUCAGAGGUCCUCCGUCCCCUCCUUCAGCCUCUGCCAUCUUCCUCCAGCCUAGCCAGGCCUACACCUGCCAAGGACAUGGCCUCCACCUAUGCAACAUCUCCUCUGGCUCCCCCUGUCCCCUUCCCUGGGGGACUUGGGAGGUACAGAUUGUGGGGACACCACGGCCCGUGGCCCACUGGGGUUGAGCUUUACUUUGCUGUAGCGACGGCUUAGUGGGAAGACAGAGGAGGCAGGAGAUGGGGAGGCUUGGGCAGGAGGGAACAGCUGUCCACUAGGUUUCCCUGGGCAGCAGGGGCCACCUGCCUGCCAGCACUGAAGCUGCCUGGGCCCUGAGUCUGUGCUCCUCGGGGGCCUGGAGGUUGGAGCACCCCUCUUUGCUCUGAACAGACAUCUGUGAGGUACAGGUGGUGGGAGCUGUGGCCGCAGGCCCCAGUCCUUGGCACCUGGAUGUCAUACCCUUGGGCGGCCUGGCCACUUCUCGGCUCCAAGGCGGAAGGAACUCAGCUCCUUCUCCCUCAGGCCUGUUCCUGAGACAGAGCCUGAGCUUGGGGGGGAGGGGCGGGGGGCACUAUUAUUAUUUUUGCCUGUAUUGACCAUUUCUGCCUAGGUCUUCUUACGCAGACAGCCUCACCUCCCACACACGCACAGACUUAGAGAGGAGCCAAUUCUUUGGUCUGUUUUCUUGGUAGCUUUAUUGAUUGCCAGGGAAAACGAAAACCAGAAAAUUAAUUAAUCUCUAAAAUUAAACUUUACACUGAAUGUUCUUGUUUCUCUAAUUAGAACCUCUGCUAGCAGCUGUGGCUAUGUACACACAUACACACACACACACACGCUCGCACUCACACACACCCUCACAUCUACACGUGUGCACUCCAGAACUGUCAGAGGGUGUCAGGCACAAACAGACUCUAGGUUGCCCAGACAGGCACACAAGUGCAGUCGCUCCCAAGCCCCCUGUGGUGCUCGGCUUGGCGCCUGCUUGGUGGAAGGAGUCCUUGGAGCGCGCAGGCACCCCUAGGCUGUGGCUGCAGCCCAUGGCCCACCCUUUGGAAAAGACCACGAGGCUGGAGGCUCUGGGCCCCUCGGCGGGAGGAGGAUGGGAGAUGGGGGCUCAGCCUGAAGCUCUCAGGUUCUCUGGUGGCCCCGUGGGUCGACAUGACUCCUGUGGGCAGCCACGGAGUGUCGCAGACUCGUGGAGGGCACCCGGAAGGCUCCAUACGUGCGCGGGGACAAGGGCUUGAGGGGUGGGCUGGGCCUGGCUAGGGAGAAGACGGGUCUCUGUCAAUUGGGUGCAUCACACUGUGGCCUUUCUGUCGUGGAUUUCCAAGCGCAAAGAUUGUACAAAUCAAACUGGUGGAUAAUAAAGUUGCAGAUGACUCACCGA